AUGAAAGUCGUUAUUCAAAGAGUCAAAUCGGCAUCCGUGACUGUUGAUUCGGAGUUGGUCUCCUCUAUUGGGAAGGGACUCCUUGUAUUUGCCGGCAUUGGCAAGGAAGAUACCGAGAAAGACGCAGAAAAUUUAGUGAACAAAGUGUUGAAGGCUAAAUUCUGGCCUGAUGACAAUGGAACACAAUGGAAAAAAAGUGUCAGGGAUAUUGAGGGAGAAGUACUCUGUGUUUCCCAAUUCACCCUUUAUGCGAAAAUGAAGAAAGGCAAUAAACCCGACUUUCAUGACGCAGCUAGCCCGGACACCGCACGCAAGAUCUAUGACUUCUUUUACCAAAAGAUGGGUGAAGUCUAUACCCCUGACCGAGUCAAGAAUGGUGUCUUCCAAGCAAUGAUGGAGGUUGAACUGAAAAACGACGGGCCGGUGGGUGUAGAAUACUGCAGCGCAGACGCGGCGGUUACCAUUGAGAUCAACACCAAUCUGCCCAAGAAAGAGCCCAAGGAGCAGAAAGAUGGAGACAAAGAGUCCGACGUACAAGACAUCAAGGGAUCAUUUGAAUUUCAAAUCCCUCCUGAAUUGCUCCAAUGA